GAAGUAAGACGUUUAUUGACAAUAUGGCCGCGGAACUGGGUUUGGAUUUGGAGAAAAUUGCAAUUUGACAGCACUCACCGGGGCUGCGAUAACAAGCCGUUUCCACAGCAGGAGUGGACGGAACCGAUGCAUUUGAAUGAAGGGACCCGUGAAUCCACGGCAUGGUGUCAGUGAGCUGAGGAAACGUCCAGAGAGCCGAACCCGUCAUGUCGUUUUUCAAGAGGAAAGCUAAAAGCAAAGAACCUGAGAGAGUGACGGAUGCUAAAGUCAAUAGAGCUCCAGUCAGCCCUCACUCUCCAUCACUAGGACUGAGGAACCACCAUGCCAUCCAGGAAGCUGCUGGGCCCAGCCAUGUGGCCAUCAACGCCAUCUCUGCCAACAUGGACUCCUUCGCCCGCGGUCGCACCGCCAUACUCAAGAAGCAGCCAAGUCACAUGGAGGCUGCACACUUUGGAGAUCUUGGUCAUUCCAGUGUGAACUAUCAGCCCCAGGAGACCCGCUCUAGACUGUCCAAGACAGUAGACCAGGUGCUUCGGGACAAUGUGGCGAUGCCCCACUACAUGCAUUUCACGGAACUGCAAGGCGCUGACCACCUGGUUCGGUUCUGGUUGGAGGCUGAGAGUUUCCGUUCUACCAGCUGGUCGCGUGUCCGAGCGCACAGCCUCAACUCUGUCAAACACAGCUCCUUGGCUGAGCCGGUUCCCAUCUCUCCAGAUGUCUCAGAGCUCCCCCAAAAUCCAGCCGAUCCCUUCGCCCGGCACAAUAGCAGUGAAGGUGCUAUGGUGCCGUCUGAGCGGCGGGACUCCUCCAGCACAGAAGCAGGCCUGAGACCCAGUACGCCUCGAGUAGAAACUCCCAGCAGGCAGACACCCUCCAGAACAGGGACUCCCUACAAAGUGCAGUCAAACAGCACCCUGCGAGAUCUCUCUGACAAACUCAUGAAAAGUAUAGAGAAGGAUGCUGUCACCAUCUUCACCAAGUACAUCUCUCCAGAUGCUGUGAGGCCCAUUCCCAUCACAGAACAGAUCAGAAAUGACAUAGUUGCUAAAAUAUGUGGAGAAGAUGGCAUGGUGGACCCAAACUGCUUUGUCAUUGCACAGUCGGUAGUCUUCGCCAUCCUGGAACAACAGCACUUUAGUGAAUUCCUGCGGAGCCAUCAUUUCUGUAAAUACCAGAUUGAAGUGUUGACUAGUGGCUCUGUGUUCCUGGCUGACAUCUUGUUCUGUGAGUCAGCUCUCUUCUACUUCUCUGAGUACAUGGAAAAGGAAGAGGCAAUGAAUGUACUGCAGUUCUGGUUGGCAGCAGACAACUUCCAGAACCAGCUAGCAGCUAAAAAGGGCCAGUAUGACGGCCAGGAGGCUCAAAAUGAUGCCAUGAUCCUCUACGAUAAGUAUUUCUCACUCCAGGCCACCAACCCUCUGGGCUUCGGUGACUCUGUGCGGAUGGAGAUAGAGUCAAAUAUCUGCCGAGAGGGAGGGCCACUCCCCGACUGUUUCACCACUCCACUCAGACAGGCCUGGACAACCAUGGAGAAGGUCUACAUGCCAGGCUUCCUGUCUAGCAACCUUUACUACAAAUACCUGAGUGACCUCAUCAAUUCUGUGCGGGCAGACGAGUUUGUGAAUGUCAGCACUCCAGGUCAGGGCGGGCCCGCGGACAACGACCGCUCAAGUUCAAAUGCCAGCGAGGCCUCUCAGAUUCAGCAAGGUUCUAGAAAGGCAGUGAUCAAGAUUCUGAAAAACUUUGACGAGGCAAUCACGGUGGACGUUGCCAGUCUGGACCCCGAGUCCCUGUACCAGCGACCGUACGCUGGAAAGAUGACGUUUGGGAAGGUGAAUGAGCUGGGCCAGUUUAUCAGGGAGGCAGAGCCAGAGCCGGAUGUGAAGAAAUCCAAAGGUUCCAUGUUUUCUCAAGCCAUGAAGAAAUGGGUCCAAGGCAACUCAGAUGAGGCCCAGGAGGAGAUGGCGUGGCAGAUUGCCAAGAUGAUUGUCAACGAUGUUGUCCACCAGUCAAACCAUGACAGCCCCAGCAAGAGCACCAAGUUAUGACCCCAGUGAGGAACCAAAGGACUGUCACUCCCUGCAGAUGCUGGCCAAGCCAGUGAUAGACUGUCCACAGGGUUCAUACUGCAAUGAACUGCAUUACUCUGGAAAAGAACAAGGCAUCUCAUCACCUCCCCAGCCACCAUGUGUCUGAAUGUGUGUGAGCUUGGGCGAGUGAUUGGUCACACAUGGACUAAUAGAAAACUUGAAGUACAUCAUAGUUCCAAUUUUCCAACUCCAUAACACUAUAAAGGUACAUGUGUAGUCUCCAAAAGUAAAGCAGAGUGCUGGCAUCAGACUGGAGGAAGUUAUUGUAGAGGAAGGAGCAUGAUACCAGAAGAAAGCUGGCACGAAGAAGAAGCAGCAUGUUGGUCGGGGCUAUCACUGCUUUGUCAGUCUUACUGCGGACCUGUGGAGGAAGUGACAAAGACUAAAUUAUGCUCACUCCAUCAUGACACACGUCCCCACACCUUUUACAACCAUUCCUUGUUUUUACAUGAAAUGCUCUCUUAAGGGUCGGCUGCUUAAGGCUUAUCGGUUUGGAGCGUUGUACAGUUUUUUGCAUACGCUUCCCUCAGCCUGCCUGGAGUGGUUCUGUCAGCUGUUCGCCGAUGUUAGCUGUCCUAACCUUUGCGUACUGUAGAACAUCUAGAAAUGUGACAAUGAAACAGAAGAUUUGUCGGACUGGAUGACCUUCUGUAUGAAUAUCCCGGCACCUUUACAGAGCGUAGAAGAAAUACUCCCUAAAUGAACUUAAGUGCUCCAGUUGUGUUGGAAAACUCCAAGCUCCUUGUCCUAAAUGUUCUCAAUAUAUAAAUAUAUAUUUAGGUUUCUGGUUUACCCCAUAUAUUAAUGUUAGUCCUUUUUUAUGGUGAUCACUUUUUUUUUAUACAUCGCUGAAACAAACCUCAGUGAUGGCCGGACUGUUCAACUGGAAAGUGUGCUCAGUAAAUUAAAGUUUUUUAAAUUUCGUUUGAGCCUUACAAAGAUGUGGAAAAGAACCAGAAAAGACUCUUGGUACUAUGUACCACUAAUGUUUUCUGACAUGUAUGUGUACUUAAUCUAUAAUAUAUUUAAAUUGUGUUUGAUUUAAAUACAUAUAUUAUGAAAUAUU